AUGCCGGUGGAGAUCCCGAAAGGACCGCGGGAGCAAGAGGGAUCCGUGGGCUUGCGAAGCGCGCUUCUAGAGGAAUUCAUCAACACUUGGAAAUUUCGGAAAUGGGAAUUGAAGGACAUGCGCCACCACGUCGUUGAAUUUUCCGGGCACCAGCUUGCAUCACGACAGAUCCAGGACAAGCUCGGGUCGUCCAACAGCGAGGAGAAAAGCCGAUUCUUCGAAGAGCUCCUGCCGAACGCGACGCAGCUGAUGGCCGACGUCUUCGGCAACUACGUGAUCCAGAAACUCUUCGAGCAUUGUGAUCAGAACCAGAAGAAGCUCCUCGCCAUGGAGAUGAAGACCCAUGUGGUGAGCCUCAGUGUGCAGAUGUACGGCUGCCGAGUCGUGCAGAAAGCCCUCGAGCAUAUCCUCGUCGAUCAACAAGCAGAGCUCAUCAAAGAACUCGACGGCCACGUCCUCCGUUGCGUCAAGGACCAAAACGGCAACCACGUCGUCCAGAAAGCCAUUGAGCGCAUCCCGUCCGAACACAUCCAAUUCAUCGCUGACGCCUUCACCGGCCAAGUCGGCCAGCUCGCCAAGCACUCCUACGGCUGCCGCGUUAUCCAACGCAUGCUUGAGCGCUGCGACGACCGCACAAAGCGCACCCUCCUAAACGAGCUGCACGGCGAAGGGGACCGGCUCAUCGCGGACCAGUACGGGAACUACGUCACGCAGCAUGCGAUCGAGCACGGCUCUCCCGAGGACCGCACGAAGAUAAUCACCCACGUCAAGACGAGGAUUCUGAUGUUCUCCCGACACAAGUUCGCGUCCAACGUCGUGGAGAAGUGCCUCGUGCACGGCACCUCGGCGCAGCGCCACGAGAUGAUGCUGCGGAUCCUCGAGCAGUGCCCGCGCAACCCCGGGGUGGCCAGCAACGAGGCGCUCUUCCAGCUCCUGAAGGACGCGUACGGGAACUACGUCGUGCAAAAGCUGCUGGACACCGUCGACGACGAGGACUACGAGCUGUUCGCCGCGCAGUGCAUCCCCGAAAUGCCGCGCGUCAAGGAGUUCGCCCAGGGCAAGCAGGUCCAGGCGCUCGACGAGAAGCUGCACCAGCGCGCCCUGUAUCGCGCAAUGCCGACCCUGACGCCCUCCGGCUCGGGGACCCCGCCGCUGGAGGACGACACGCAGAGCCCCGAUGGCGUCUCGAACCCGAGUCCCAGGGAGGACAUGCAUAUAGCGCUAUCCAUGCGUCCGGAGUUGAAUGGGAAGGCGUCCGCCGGGAUUCAAGCACAGUUCUCCGUCCCUGAUAUCGGCGUCGAGCCGUUUCCUGAGCCAGACUCAGACCCGGACUCGUCAUAA